AUGUUAUAAGAGAGACCUUCUGUUGUAUUAAUUAGCAGGGUUGGUUCUGGAAAAACAACACUUUACAAUAAAAUUUGUCGAGAAACCUAAAAAACUUAUUCCGGAGGGUUCUCUUGUACAAGAGGUUUAUUUUAAAAAUCUUCUAGUUAUGGCAUGGGCUUUUAUAUAAUGGAUACACCUGGCUUUGGGAGUGAAAAAGAAGUUAUUGUUCAUAUGGCAGGGAUAUUUGCUGCAAUAACAGGAAAACCUCUUAACAACAUUCUUAUCUUAACAAAAUAUGAGAGAUUCGAAAAUAUGAGAAAGGAUAUAACAGAAAAUAUUAAAUUAUUAAGUAGAUAUCGAGAGAUGAUUACUGUUGUUAUUACACAUUGGGACAUUGCUGAAAAUGAUCCUACUAAAAAAUAGUAAAAUGGACUUGAUGAGUUGAAAAAUGCUGUUUUUAAAGAAGUUAUUACUCCUUUGGGUUUAAAAAAUGUUAUAUUUUCUGGAUCAUAAACCUCUGGAGAGUCGAUUUGUUAAACAAUAGAUUAAAUUCUGAUAAGAACAAUUAAACAAAAAAUUGAAUUAACAAAAACAGAAUUUGAAAAUUAAUUUGCUGAAUUUAUAACCCUAAAUAAGGAAAUUGAAAUAAAAACUUAAGAAUUAGAGGACGAGUUUGGAGCAAAAUGUCAGGCAGCCAUUCACUUUAUUAAUUCAUAAACAGAGAAAACAAGUGAUGUUGCCGAAAUAAUGCAUGAAUUAAUUUUAGCAAUGAAAGAGGAAGCUAAUGCAACCGUUGAAGAAUUUGAAAAAAGACAUGGUUAUGAUUGUCUAAAGUUACUUGACUAGUGUAAUGGUAGCUAUGAAACAGCAUAUUUAACCCAUACAAAACUGAAGCAUAAGGUUUUGACACAAUUGGAUAAUGUUAUAAGGAGGGCUCAAAAUAAAAUGACACAUUACCCUGCUCAUGUUUAUAAUUUCAUAAAAUAGUGCCCAAAUUGUAAAUUAAUUUGGCUAAAAGUUUCCGGGUGCGGAGGAUAGACAACAUGUGGUAGCUUUCCUGAUUAAGAUAAUAAUGAAUUUAAGCCUUCAGCAAAAAAAUUCAAAAUAAAUAUCACUAAAGCAUCAGUAGAAUGCAUCAGACUAAAACAAUAGACUGAAAUUAACUAAAAGUACUCUCUCUCUUAAAACUAAUAAAAAUUAAAAGGGUGUGGAGCCUAAUUAAUUUGGGAUAACUUACCGAUAUUGUCUGCUGAUAUUUUAAAUGAGCUACAAAAUACUGGUGUUUUAGAUAUUUUAAGUAUGGAUAAAAAUGGAGCACAAACCAAAAAAAAUGAAUAAGAUCUAUUUUGGAGUAAAUUAUAUCAUGAAGCAUAGAUAUAAUUGAAUAAUCUAGAUAAUGGCUAAUCUUAAAUCAAAUAACCUUUAGAUUAGAAGCAAAAAAUAGUACCGUAGAUAAUUUAUCGGAGUGAAAAUAGUUCCGAACAUCCAAUAUAAAAAUUAAACGUCUAAACAACUCCAAAAAAAUAAAACAAUUAAAAGUUCGAGGUAAAGUAACCAUAAGUUAAAGCUGAAGAAUAGCAAGAUAUGUUAAACAUUAUAAUAGAACUAAAGAACACUCUAAAUUAGGUUAAAACAAACUAAAAAUAAUAGGAUGAAAAAAUUCAAAAUCUAAAUUUAUAAAGUAAAUUACAAACAUCUGAAGGGUAGAAAUAGAAUAAAGUACCAGAGAUUGAGGCUGAGAAAAAAAAAAAUUUAAAAUUGAGCUGCACUGCUUGCAUAAUCAGUUGA